AAAAAUCUCAGCUUUGUGAAAAACCCAACCAUGUUCCUUCUCCCUCCUUCUCCGUCUCCACCAUUCACUCCCGCCACCAUCAUCUCCACCCGAUCCCGCCACCACCCUCCGGCCAUCUCUGCUACCACCUCCAUCUCCGACCCUCUCCACUCCUCACGCCGCUACGACUUCUCCCCUCUCAUUCACUUCCUUUCCACUCAACCCUCCCACCCUUCUCCUCCUCCUCCUGCUCCUGACCCCUCCCCUCCCUCCCAUCUCGACCCCGUCGAGCUCCGCCUCGCCGAAUCCUACCGUGCCGUUCCUGCCCCUCUCUGGCACUCCCUCCUCAAAUCCCUCGCCUCCGACCCCUCCACCCUCCCCUCCGCUGCUGCCCUUGUCCCCUGGCUCCACCGCCACCGCCUCUGCUUCUCCCUUGACCUCCUCUACUCCAUCCUCAUUCACUCCCUCCCCUCCUCCCUCCUCCCCUCUCUCCUCCCCCUCGCCAAUCCCUCCUCUCCCCUCAUCUUCAACGCUCUUAUCUCCUCCUCUGUCCGCGCCCGCGAUAUUCCCUCCGCCCUCCGCCUCCUCUCCCGCAUGCGCUCCCUCUCCCUUCUUCCCGAUCCCGUCUCAUACUCUCUCCUCCUUCGCUCACUCCCUGCCCACCUCCCCCCUGAUCCCUCCCUUAUCCAUCGCAUCUUCCAUGACUUCCUCUCGACCUCCGCCGAGCCGGACGCUGCUCUCGCCAACGACUUCAUCACUGCAUUCGCCCGCGCCGGCGACCCUGAUGCUGCCCUCUCCCUCCUCGCCUCUUCCCAGGCCGCCGGCCUCACCCCGCGCGCCGCCACACUUGUCGCCCUCAUUUCCUCCCUCGCGUCCGCCGCUCGCACUCUCGAGGCUGAGGCUCUUUUUUCUGAGCUCCACCUUCACAACCUCGCCCCUCGCACCCGCGCCUACAAUGCCCUCCUCAAAGCUUAUGUCAAAGCCGGGGCUUUGCAGGACGCCGAGCUGAUGUUCGAAGAAAUGACCAGGAAUGGUGUCUCCCCGGAUGAGCGCACUUACAGUUUGCUUAUUGAUGGGUACACACAAGCAGGGAGGUGGGAGAGUGCGAGGAUCUUGAUGAAAGAAAUGGAAAUGAACGAGGUGAAGCCGAAUUCAUACGUGUUUGGAAGGAUCCUUGCGAGUUUUCGUGAUAGAGGAGAUUGGCAGAAAUCCUUCUCUGUGUUGAAGGAGAUGAAGAGCAAUGGCAUUCGCCCGGACCGGCAUUUCUACAAUGUGAUGAUUGAUAUGUUUGGUAAGUAUAAUUGCCUUCAUCACGCCAUGGAUGCUUUUAAUCAAAUGAGAGCGGAUGGCAUUGAGCCGGAUGUGGUCACUUGGAAUACUUUGAUCGAUGGGCACUGUAAGGCGGGCAGGCAUGAUAAGGCUAUGGAGCUGUUUGAGGACAUGCAGAGGAGUGGUUGCACACCAUGCAUAACAACUUACAAUAUCAUGAUCAAUUCGUUGGGGGAGCAAGAGAAAUGGGAAGAGCUGGAGGAGUUGUUGGGGAGAUUGAAAGAGCAGCGGCUAAUGCUGAAUGUGGUGACUUACACUACACUUGUGGAUGUUUAUGGCAAGUCAGGGAGGUUUAAGGAAGCCAUACAGUGUUUGGAGGAAAUGAGAAGUGGAGGAAUGAAACCUUCUCCUACCAUGUACCAUGCUUUGGUCAAUGCAUAUGCGCAGAAGGGUCUGUCAGAUCAAGCCAUAAAUGUAUUCAGGGUCAUGAGAGCAGAUGGUAUAAAACCCAGUGUUUUGGUGUUCAACUCUUUAAUCAAUGCAUUUGGUGAGGACCGUCGAGAUGCUGAAGCAUUUGCUGUAUUGGAUUUCAUGAGAGAAAAUGAUGUCAAACCGGAUGUUGUGACCUAUACAACCCUUAUGAAAGCUUUAAUUCGUGUGGAGAAGUAUGAAAAGGUUCCUGCUGUAUAUGAGGAAAUGAUCUUAUCUGGGUGUACACCUGAUAGGAAAGCUAGAGCAAUGUUAAGAUCAGCACUGCGAUAUGUGAAACAAACGCUGGAUUCAUAGCAGGCUCAGCAAAAUAUGGUCUUCCAGUAGCGUAUUGCAUCAGUUUUAGCAAUGAUAGCCAUCCUUUUAAUACACACGAAAGGAACUAUUAGAGCACGAAGAAGCCGAGGAAGCCAUGCAUGACUCUGUUUGCGCCGAGUUAAGAGAUCAUAAUUUUUAGACAAAUUCAUUCAUUUGAAGAACCACAAGUAACAAGUAUACAAUUAUAAGUACGACAAUCUAAGGUCGUCUGUUCUCUGUCAA